AUGGAUAUUUCACAGAUUCUGCAAGACAACUUUCCGGGACAAAAGGAUGCUUGUGAAAUGUCUCCGGGAUUAAUCAAGGCGUGGGGCUUCACACAAGCCAAGAGGCAAAGCAAGAGUGCCGCAAGGCAUGCCAACACAACAGUCUCGCAGCGCUCUGCUCAUACCAACAGUGGCCGGCGUGAUACAGCAGGCGACGAAGAACGAGAAGGUCGCGAAACAAGCCAACACAACAUGCUCGUAACGCUCCUCGCUCAUAUCAACCAAAAAGAACGGUAA